AUGCGUUCUAUAGCAAAUGUUCGAAAUGGAUCACAAGAUGAUCGAAAAUCGGUGGUUUCUGGCAAUUCCAGCACCGCCUCAACACUUAUUGCAGAUAGUUUGGCUUCUGGAAAAACUUCCACCUCGCAAUUGAGAAAGUAGGGGUUUCCGGGGAACUUUAUUCAAUGAUUAAAACAUUUUCAGGUUUACGGCUGGUGUUGGAAGACCUGGUUUGGCGCGAGAAGCACGGGAAGCUGUUCGAAAUGUUCUUAUCGCUCAAAACCCUUUGGUAAGGGAAUUUUUGUUUAUUUUUCAUUUUUUGUUAUGAAAAAUUAGAUUUUUAUAUAAACAAACUAUUUGGUUUGAUUUAUUUUGCACUAAAAAUUAUCAGUUUUUACGAAAUUUUUUGGUUUUUUCAGCGAAAAGCCCCAAUAAGUGAGCCCGUGGACUACGAAAAAUUUAUAAAUGAGCGAAGUAUCCAAUUGGAAAAUGAUGCGCAGAGGGAAAUUGUGCUUUUUCCGCGCGAUGACAUUGAAGAAGUUCAGACCGGCCAAGAAGACGAAACUUCGAUUCCAAUGAUUAAAAAUAAUGAUAUAAUUCAUGCAAAAUGGCUUUUGACACGGGAAGCAUUGCGAUUUUAUACAUCACCGUAUACUUCGAUUAAUUUUAAUUAUUCGAAAUAUUCGGGAGAUUAUUCGGCUAAUAAUACGUGGGUUUUUCUUUUUUUUUUUUGCAAAAAUGACUUGAAUUUGUACUAAAAACGUGUCCUAUUUUUUUGUAUGAAUAAAAAAAAAUUUUCAGCUCAUCCGCAAUCGAAAAUGAAACGCUCUCCUCUCUUGUUUUCGAAUCUGACAUGGCUUUGGAAGAUGAAAAAUCAGAAAAUUACAACAAUUUGAAUGGAGCUGUUGGAAUUGUUAAGGAAGGUUUUCUAUUGGUUGUGAAAUCAGAUCCGACACUUUUCAACAAUCUAAAACCAUCCAAAAAACGAUUUUGUUGUUUGAAAAGAUUGGAAGGCGGUGAAAUAAUAUUUGAAGUUCGAAAAACACAAAAUGAAAUGGGAAAAGAUGCGCCGAUUAAGGUUGGGGGAGCACAAAUCAAAUCGACGAAAAAGGGAAAGACUGUGUUGGAGGUAAGGGGGUUUUAUGGUGGAAAAUAGAGGGAAAAUGAGAGAUUUUCUAGUUUUUUAGGUGAAAAUUGACCGAAAAUUCAGAUCUUUGGGCUAAAAGAAGUGAAAAAUGAUGGAUUUUUCAGUUUUCCAGGUGAAAAUUGACCUAAAAAUAGGAUUUCUAGACAAAAAAAUUCGAAAAAUGAUGAUUUUCAGCCCGAAAACAUAGCAAAACUGAAUGUUUUUCCAAAAAAAAAAUUUUUUUUUAUAAAAUUAAAAAAUUUUUAUACCAUUUUUUAUUGAUUUUUUCAAAAAAAAGAUUUGUGACUCAUUUUCCCCCAAAAAACACUAAAAUUUCAAUUUUCAGAUCGAACCGCGCAAUGAAACGCCACAAUCCGAAAGCAAAAGUCUACUUUUGGAAUGUGAAGAUACUUCUCAAUUGGAAGAAUGGCUUGUUGCGCUGCAAACUGCAAUUGCUUUUUCGAAUAAAGGUCAGCCAGAAAUCGUGAUUUUUGAUGAGUUUUGAGCCGGAAAUCGUGAUUUUUGAUGAAUUUUCAGCUAAAAUUCAUGGUUUUUUAUGAAUUUUGAGCCAGAAAUCGUGAUUUUUUUUGAAUUUUGAGCCAGAAAUCGUGAUUUUUGAUGAAUUUUGAGCCAGAAAAUCGUGAUUUUUGAUGAAUUUUGAGCCAGAAAUUGUGAUUUUUGAUGGAUUUUCAGCCAGAAAUUGUGAUUUUUGAUGAAUUUUGAGCCGGAAAAUCGUGAUUUUUGAUGAAUUUUGAGCCAGAAAUUGUGAUUUUUGAUGAAUUUUCAGCCAGAAAUCGUGAUUUUUGAUGAAUUUCCACCUAAAAUCCCCCAAUUUUUCCAGAAGACGCAUUAUCAACUUGCUCAGAAUUGGAUAAAUCAGCGAAAUCGAAUGAGGCGAACAAUUCGAUUGGACCUGGAAAACAAAUUGCACCGGAUACUGAAAGUAUUGGAAGUGAAGAUAGCUCGAAUUGUCAGUUUUCCUCUGCGUCUCUCACUAACUCUCCCUCUCUAACCCUAAUUCUCUUCCAGCUCGUAACAGUGAUAUGCAACCAUGGAGAGGCCGAAAUUCGGCGGCGCGAGCUCUCCAACCUCCAAUUGUCGACCGUCGUAACAUGUUCUCCCUAUUCUAUCGCCUUCAACCCCUCCCAACAUCGAAUUUCGAAACGUCAACACUGAUUCCGACGAAAAUACGUGGCACAACAAGUGCCACGUCAUCCGACUCGUCGUUGUUGGAUUUGGCGAUUUCGCCGUCGAAAAUGAGAAAAAGUGGAUCGCUGAAAAGGUUUGCAGCGGUUUUUUAAUCAGUUUUUCCCGAAAAAACUGAGAAUUUUGAUUUUUCUAUCAGUUUUUGUCUGAAAACUGAAUUAAUUUCGAAGUAUUUGUGAGGAAAAUUCGAUGAAAAAUGAAAAAUCAAGGUUUUUUCUUAGUUUUUACCUGAAAAAAACUGAAAUUUCACAAGGUUUUUUGAUCAGUUUUCCCAGCGAACAAACUGAAUAUUUCACAAUUAACUUCUAAAAUUGUCAUUUCCUUGGCUGAAAAUUUGCAAAAUCUGAAAAUACCAAAAUUCCCACGGAAUCUUGUGAUUUUCAGACAAUUUUUCAGUUUUGGAAAUGGCGGAGAUGCGGAAGCUAUGCCCAAAUUUUCAAUUUUCAUUGUCAUUUCCUUGACUGAAAAUUUGCAAAAUCUGAAAAUACCAAAAUUCCCACGGAAUCUUGUGAUUUUCAGACAAUUUUUCAGUUUUGGAAAUGGCGGAGAUGCGGAAGCUAUGCUCAAAUUUUUAAUUUUCAUUGUCAUUUCCUUGACUGAAAAUUUGCAAAAUCUGAAAAUACCAAAAUUCCCACGGAAUCUUGUGAUUUUCAGACAAUUUUUCAGUUUUGGAAAUGGCGGAGAUGCGGAAGCUAUGCCCAAAUUUUCAAUUUUUCAGACAUCAAAACUCGAAUCGAAACAGUGUGACAAUCUCAACCCAAUUUCUCCAACCUUGCUGUAUUUCAAUCGAUUUUCAAUCUCUCUGCAUAAAAUUGGCCACUUCACCCACUUCCACUCAACAAAUCGAGCCAUUUUUUGUGCAUUUCUUCAUCUUUGAUUCUCAUGAAUGUCGACGAAUUUGCGAAGAAUUUCAGAUUCUGGUAAAUGGCGAAGAAUUGCACAUUUCUGAACCGGUUUUCGACGAAACUUGCAAAGUUAAUGGAAUUCGACGAAGUUUGUUGGUUGAUCGAAAAAGUUCGAAAGCGAUUGUUCAUUUGCCGGGAGCUCAUAAGGAUUUGUGGAUGAUUUGUAGAGUUGAUCGCAUUUUGUCGGCCGAUACUUCAGCCGAAUUGUAUUUGAAGUUGGUUUUUGUGAAACCUGAACAAAAAUUACUUGGGUUUUUCCUCAGUUUUACCUGCAAAACUGGGAUUUUCCUGUGAAAAUUAUGGUUUUUCUAUCAGUUUUUCCACCGAAAACUGAAUUUUUUACUGAAAAACUGAAAGUUUUCUUGAAAUUGUCAUUUCCUUGGCUGAAAAUUUGCAAAAGCUGAAAAUCCCAAAAUUCCUCCUGGAAUCUUGUGAUUUUCAGACAAUUUUUCAGUUUUGGAAAUGGCGGAGAUGCGGAAGCUAUGCCCAAAUUUUGAAUUUUCAUCUGAAAACUUGAAUUUUUCAGUCAAUCCACGAAAUUUUUGACUAAUAUGAGCAAUGCUUUGAAAUAAAUAGAAAUAUUCAAAAUUAGAAAAAAUCUGAAUUUUUAGUUCAGAAGGUUUUUUGUCAGUUUUUACCUGAAAAACUGGAAAAUCGAUAUUUUUCCAAAAGGUUUUCAAUCAGUUUUACUUUUGAAAAACUGAGUUUCCCACGCAAAAAAUGUUGAAAUUGUCAUCUCCUUGGCUGAAAAUUUGCAAAAUCUAAAAAUCUCAAAAUUCCCCCUGGAAUCUUGUGAUUUUCAGACAAUUUUUCAGUUUUGGAAAUGGCAGAGAUGCGGAAGCUAUGCCCAAAUUUUGAAUUUUCAUUGUCAUUUCCUUGGCUGAAAAUUUGCAAAAUCUGAAAAACCCAAAAUUCCCCCUGGAAUCUUGUGAUUUUCAGACAAUUUUUCAGUUUCGGAAAUGGCGGAGAUGCGGUAGCUAUGCCCAAAUUUUCAAUUUUUAUUGUCAUUUCCUUGGCUGAAAAUUUGCAAAAGCUGAAAAUCCCUAAAUUCCCUCGGAAUCUUGUGAUUUUCAGACAAUUUUUCAGUUUUGGAAAUGGCGGAGAUGCGGAAGCUAUGCCCAAAUUUUGAAUUUUGCAGAACCAUCGGAGAUCCCAAAUCCACUGCAAAACUUCAAAAAACAAUAGCAAUGGCGAUCACAAGAUUAGCCGGACAUCGACAAAGAUUUGCAUGGACUGCUAAGUAAGAUCCCCCCUUGGUUUUUUUUCAGAAAUUUUUAAUUCUUAGACCACUUUUCCCGGAACUUCGAAACGAUGGACCACCUUCUGCUCCUCAAAAUAUAGCAAUGACUAAUUCAUCAUCUGGAAUAAGUUGGUCGAAAUCUGGAGAUUGUUUACAAUUGUAUAGAUGUGAAGCGAAUCGAUUUGCUGAUUCGGAUUUGCAAAGAUAUUUGAGCGAUUUUAGCAAGUUUGUUGAAUUUUAGACUUCCGAUUUGCUAAAUUUAUGUUUCAGAAUCGAAAAAACCAACAAACUCAUCAUUCCAAACGCCAAUGUUACUGUAAAUAUCAACACCAACGCACAUUUAACCGAUUUUCUAAGUGAGUUAGCCUAGAUUUUCUUAUUUUCCCAGUCCAGACUAGAGAUUUUUAGCCCGAGUUAAUCCAUCUCUCUACCCGCUCAAUCCUUGGAAUCCCACUGAAAAUCCAACGGACGGAAACGGAAAACCCGUUUUUCAAUUGCAAACUUUUGGCGAGCAGCCAACUCAACCACAUCGAACUCUCACGAAUUUGAUGUAUAUUUAUCCGCUUGGAUUGAAGUGAGUUUGCGGCAUGGUUUUGGGGGCGGGGCUUGAGAUUUUGCUUAACAUGAGCAAUCCUAAAAUUUCAAGAUUUUUUGUUAGUUUCUGGGUAUCACACCCACACACUCAGAAACUAACAAAAAAUCUUGAAAAUUAGGGAUUGCUCAUAUUUAAGCACACCAAGAAAAGCAAAAAUUCAGUGAUUUUUUGACCUCAAAAUGUUCAAAUUUUCAUAACAUGAGCAAUCUACCGAAAUUCCAUGCAAUUUAUAUUUUUGUUAAACCUGAGCAACAUGGAAAAAUCCACGAAAUUUUUGACUAAUAUGAGCAAUGAUUUGAAAUAAAUAGAAAUAUUCAAAUUAAAAAAAAACUGAAUUAUAGAAGGUUUUUUGUCAGUUUUUACCUGAAAAACUGAAAAAUCGAUAUUUUUCCAAAAGGUUUUCCAUCAGUUUUACUUUUGAAAAACUGAGUUUCCCACCCAAAAAAUCUUCUAAAAAUUGUCAUUUCCUUGGCUGAAAAUUUGCAAAAUCUGAAAAUCCCAAAAUUCCCCCGGAAUCUUGUGAUUUUCAGACAAUUUUUCAGUUUUGGAAAUGGCGGAGAUGCGGAAGCUAUGCCCAAAUUUUGAAUUUUUAACAAUUCUGGAUCUGAACCUGGUUUCUAAUGAAGCCCCGCCCACAAAACUGUGCCUUCACAAAAUCUUUCACCAUUUCAGAUAUGACAAUCAAAAAGCCUUCUCAAAAGCGCGAAACAUUGCAUGUACCGUGCGAUUUGUUCGCGGAGAAGAAGCGAUUCCGGAAAAAGCGAUGGUAAAUCGAAUGUCAGCCUCCGGACCAUAUACAAUUUCAUCGAUUUGCGCUGUUCAACACCAUCAACAAUGUCCAACAUUUGGUGAUGAAAUAAAAGCACAACUACCACUCAAUCUAACAACUUCCGAUCAUUUGCUCUUCUCGUUUUCGCAUAUUUCGGUGGCUGGAAAUAGUAGUGUGAAAACGCCGGAGGUUUGUUUAAUUUUAUGAAGGUUUUUUUGUCAGUUUUUACCAAAAAAAACUGUCCUUGUUGUAUUUUUCAAGGCUUUUACCAGCUUUUUCCUAAUAAAACUGGAUUAUGAGAUUUUUAUGGUUUUUACCGAAUAAAACUACAGACUUUGCACCAGAAAAAUUUGUAGUUAACAUGAGCAAUCCGUUCAAAAAUUAUCUACCAAAUGAAAAUGAAAAAAAAAAAUUUUUGAAACGAGAAAAAUCCACGAAAUUUCUGGCUAAUAUGAGCAAUGAUUUGAAAUAAAUAGGAAUAUUCAAAAUUUGAAGGAUUUUUGUCAGUUUUUACCUGAAAAACUGAAAAAUCGAUAUUUUCGAAUUCCAAAAGGUUUUCCAUCAGUUUUACUUUUGAAAAACUGAGUUUCCCAUAGGGCUGUCAUGUGGGUCGCCCGUUUCACCCUGUUGUUUCGGUGGUGUCUCGCCCGCCUGCCUCUUAUUUUUCCCAAAACGACGCCCGCCCGCCCGCCCGCUUUAUUUUCAACUAGCCGCCCGCCCGAUCUGUCAUUCAUCCUUCUCUCUAACGCACCCAUCGCCUACCUUUUUUCACACCUUGUAAAAUCAUGUCAAAAAUGGCACGAAAAGUGACAGGUUCAAUCAAAAAGUAAUCGGAACCCUUUCAUCUUUCAAAUAAUAUUGUCGAUUGAGCGAGCGGACGUCAGAAAAAGGGAAGACGGGCGGGCGGGUGUGAGCUACAGGCGGUAGGGCGAGCGGGUGAGAGGGCCUUGAGUUGAAAAAGGGCGGGUGUGUGGGCAUGGUUAGUUUACGACCAUAGGGCGUCAAGGCGAGCGGGCGAGACAGUUCUCUUCUCUUCUUACGCCCGCCCGCCCCGGGCUCCAUUUUGACAGCCCUAGUUUCCCACCAAAAAAAAUCCUGAAAUUGUCAUUUCCUUGGCUGAAAACUUGCAAAAGCUGAAAAUCCCAAAAAUUCCCUCGCGGAAUCUUGUGAUUUUCAGACAAUUUUUCAGUUUUGGAAAUGGCGGAGAUGCGGAAGCUAUGCCCAAAUUUUGAAUUUUCAUUGUCAUUUCCUUUGCUGAAAAUUUGCAAAAGCUGAAAAUCCCAAAAUUCCCCCGGAAUCUUGUGAUUUUCAGACAAUUUUCAGUUUUGGAAAUGGCGGAGAUGCGGAAGCUAUGCCCAAAUUUUGAAUUUUAUAGAAAUUUUCGUUAUAAAAAUUUUCAUAUAGAUUUUUCUGGCGCCAAACUCAAAAUUUUUGAUGGAAAUUCUUUUUCAGCUGUGAAUUUUCGAAGUUUAUUUGGAAAAAUUUAGAAUUGAAACCAAAAACCUGAAAAGUUUGAGAUUUUACAAACAGAAAAAGGUUCAUAAGUCUUAUCCGAAAAAAAUGAAAAUUACACUCAAAAAAAUCCAGAAUUGUCAUUUCCUUUGCUGAAAAUUUGCAAAAUCUGAAAAUCCCAAAAUUCCCCCCGGAAUCUUGUGAUUUUCAGACAAUUUUUCAGUUUUGGAAAUGGCGGAGAUGUGGAAGCUAUGCCCAAAUUUUCAAUUUUCACCCAAAAACUUAGAAUUUUUGCAGUCAACCGAAACACCAAUCGGAUAUUCCUGGCUGCCGCUGGUUUGGAAAAAAGAUCGCCUGGUUUUGGAGUCGGAUGAACAAGAAUUUGCACUUCCUGUCGCCACAGAUCUACCCCCAAAUUAUUAUCGAUCAAAACCGCAACUUGGAGGCGCCAAAAGUGUAGGAUUUUUUUUCAAUUUUCGAAACAAAAUUGAUUUUAUUGAUUUUUUGAUUCCAGGAAGAUGCGGAAAUCAAAUGGGUUGAUCAAAAACCGCUUUUCCGCGUCAAACUUCGAUUGAUUUCGUCGGUUUUUACGACGGAUUCGAAUCUUCAAGCGUUUUUUCAAGCUUGCGAUCGGAUUUCGUCGAUUAGUUCAAAUGAAUCACUUAGGGUAAGUUCAAAAAAAAUUGUGAAGUCUGCUUUUUUACCCUUUAACCUUUGCAGCGCGCUAAAAAAUCGACACCGCCACCCGAAGAAUUGAGAUCUUGCUCUCCGAUUGCUGAACAUCGAAGUCCGAUGAUGGAAUCGUCGGAUCCACACCUUAAACAACUUCUUAGCACGAUUAAUGUAUGUAUUAACCCUAUGUUUCCCCUUUCCCUUUGAAUUCGAAAUUUUGAAGAGGUUUUUAAGACCUGAAAUUAGUUUCAAACGAUUCAGCGAUGAAUUUUACAUCGUUUGAAUAUAGAUUUCAAAAAUUUUGAAUAAGCCCCGCCCACAAAACCAUGCCGCACACAAAUCGUUCCCUUUGUAGCUUCUCUCCAGUGUACCAUUCGAUCGUCUUUUUGUCUAUUUCCCAAUUGUUCUCGGUCGUCUUUUCGCCAUUCUUCCACACGCGCCAAAUGAUCAAUUGGCCCUAGCCACUCUCAGGUACGGUACCUGCGUAUCUAACUAUGCUUUGGUCCGUCUUUCAAAACCUUAGCCUUUUGUUUAGAUCAAUAAUAUCGAUUUGCGACACGUGCUAUCAGAAUGGAAAAUCGAAAAUUGUGAGGAAAUUCAUGAAAUUGCACUUUUCGGAUGCGGCUAGAGAGAGAUUUACGACGCACGAGAAUACGGUUUAUGCGGUGAUUUGUCGAUUUUUGCCGGUUUUGGUGGGUUUUAAUGGAGCAAUAUUUUAGAAAAUGAGAAAUUUUUUGAAUUUUAAAAGGUUUUUUGUCAGUUUUUACCUGAAAAACUGAAACUUCCAUCAAAAAUUGUCCCACAAAAAACCUCAUGUUUCUAUCUAUCAGUUCUAUUUAAUAUGAGCAAUCUAACAUCAAUUGAACAAAAUUUAUACUAAUAUGAGCAAUGAUUUUAAAAGAAUAGAAAUUAAGGAUUUGUUUCAAGUUCAGAAGGUUUUUUUUGUCAGUUUUACCUGAAAAAAACUGAAAAAUCGAUAUUUUCGAAUUCCAAAAGGUUUUCCAUCAGUUUUACUUUUGAAAAACUGAGUUUCCCACCUAAAAAAAUCUCGAAUAGUCAAUAGGGUUUUUCCUCGGUUUUACCUGAAAAACUGGGAUAAAUUUUCAAAAAAUUAUGGUUUUUCUAUCAGUUUUCCUCCUAAAACUGAUUUAUUCACAAAAAAGUUUUUAAAAUUUUUUUGCUUGUUUUUCUCUGAAAAACUGAAAGUUUCCUCAGAGCUCCUUGAAAUUGUCAUUUUGUUAGCUGAAAAUUUGCAAAAUCUGAAAAUCCCAAAAUUCCCCCUGGAAUCUUGUGAUUUUCAGACAAUUUUUCAGUUUUGGAAAUGGCGGAGAUGCGGAAGCUAUGCUCAAAUUUUAAUUUUUCACCAAAAAACUUGAAUUUUUGAAAAAAGUUUUGCAGAUGCGAGAAAUGCAAAGUGAUAUAGAUGAAAUAACUCAAUUAUAUCGACAAUUAUGGGUUCUGACAGAUGCGAUCAUUAAAAGUAUGGCACAAAUUCUAUGCUCGGAACAAUUGAAUAAAAUAUCGCAAAAGGAUCGAUUCCCGGCUGAAAUUGUUGAACAAAUGGGGCAAAUUGUUGAGAUUGCGGUGCCACAAAUUAUUGCAAAACAUCGUGAAAUUCCCGAUGAAAGUCGAUGUGCUAAUAUGGCAUUGGCGUAUUUUGUUAGGGUACGACGGUUUUUACCAGUUUUUUACUUGAAAAACUGGAAAAUUCUUGAAAUAAAAAUUUAUUUCGCAACAAUAUUCAGAAAAUAGAAUAUGUUACCCAAGACUUGAAAUUGUCAUUUCCUUUGCUGAAAAUUUGCAAAAUCUGAAAAUCCCAAAAUUCCCCCGGAAUCUUGUGAUUUUCAGACAAUUUUUCAGUUUUGGAAAUGGCGGAGAUGCGGAAGCUAUGCCCAAAUUUUGAAUUUUCAUUGUCAUUUCCUUGGCUGAAAAUUUGCAAAAGCUGAAAAUCCCAAAAUUCCCCCGCGGAAUCUUGUGAUUUUCAGACAAUUUUUCAGUUUUGGAAAUGGCGGAGAUGCGGAAGCUAUGCCCAAAUUUUGAAUUUUCAUUGUCAUUUCCUUGGCUGAAAAUUUGCAAAAGCUGAAAAUCCCAAAAUUCCCCCCGGAAUCUUGUGAUUUUCAGACAAUUUUUCAGUUUUGGAAAUGGCGGAGAUGCGGAAGCUAAAUAUGCCCAAAUUUUUUUGAAUUUUUCCAGUUUUCGCUCAGUUUUGUCGAUCGAGGUGUUGUUUUUCGAUGGAUUCAUUUCUAUGUGUCGAGAUUAGAUGACACAGAUUAUCGGGUAAAAAUCUGGAAUUUCUCACUCACCUCUGCAAAAAAUCAGAUUUUCAGGCACUUCGUGAUUAUAAGACUGAUUUAUUGGAAAUUUUGGCCCAACACGAACAUCAUGUUCCAAUGAAUUUGCCAGUUUUGAUAAAUCCGAUGAAUCAAAUUCAACGAUUGAAUUAUUCGGCUGGAAUUGUUGAGACUAAUUUGCAUACUACAAAUGGUAUGGGUUUUGAGUGGAGAUUCGGAAAAAUCUCGUUUUUCUAACAUGAGCAAUGAUUUUAAAAGAAUAGAAAAUAAGGUUUUUUUGUCAGUUUUCACCUGAAAAAACUGAAAAAUCGACAUUUUCAAAUUCCAAAAGGUUUUCCAUCAGUUUUACUUUUGAAAAACUGAGUUUUCCACGCAAAAAAUCUCGAAUAGGGUUUUCCCCGGUUUUACCUGAAAAACUGGGAUAAAUUUUCAAAAAAAUUAUGGUUUUUCUAUCAGUUUUUCCACAUAAAACUGAAUUAUUCAUAAAAAAGUUUUGAAAUUUUUUUUACUGAAAAACUGAAAGUUUCCUUGAAAUUGUCAUUUCCUUGGCUGAAAAUUUGCAAAAGCUGAAAAUCCCAAAAUUCCCACGGAAUCUUGUGAUUUUCAGACAAUUUUCAGUUUUGGAAAUGGCGGAGAUGCGGAAGCUAUGCCCGAAUUUUGAAUUUUCAUAUGAAAACUUGGUUUUUUUUUUUUUGAAAAUCAUUCAAGAAAUCUCAAAAAAUCUCGAAUUUUUCCAGUUAAUUCCAAUUCUUUACCUGAAAAACUGAACAAAUAAUCAAACUGAAAUUAAAAAUUGAAUUUGAAGGCAUUUUUAUCUGUUUUAUCUUACAAAACUGAGAAUUCCCUCAAAAAUCUCUUGAAAAUUGUCAUUUCCUUUGCUGAAAAUUUGCAAAAGCUGAAAAUCCCAAAAUUCCCCCCGGAAUCUUGUGAUUUUCAGACAAUUUUUCAGUUUCGGAAGUGGCGGAGAUGCGGAAGCUAUGCUCAAAUUUUCAAUUUUAGUCUGAAAACUUGAAUUUUCAAGCUUGAACUCGAAAAAAGUCAAAUUUUUUAUAGAAACAUCUGAGAUUCCUUUUAGAAAAUUCUGAAUUUUUAGUUCAGAAGGUUUUUUGUCAGUUUUUACCUAAAAAACUGAGAAUUUUUUUCAAAAAUCUCUUGAAAAUUGUCAUUUCCUUGGCUGAAAAUUUGCAAAAGCUGAAAAUCUCAAAAUUCUCGCGGAAUCUUGUGAUUUUCAGACAAUUUUUCAGUUUUGGAAAUGGCGGAGAUGCGGAAGCUAUGCCCAAAUUUUGAAUUUUUGCAGCCAGCGGAACCAACUUCCUCUCGCGAUUCUUCAACCAAAUUUUCAACACACCAACCCUGGAAAACAAUGAUUCUGAUAGAUGUAAGACCCAAUAUUUUCAGCUAGAAUUUCAGCUCUGAAUUUCAGACGCUUCUUGUUCGGGAGAAUGGCAUUUGUCCGGACAAUUUUCGGCCAAUCAUUUCACUGUCGGAUUAUUGUUGCAAGAAAUUGUGGCGAGUUUGCGGGAAACCAAAGAAUAUCGGAAAAGACCGAUUGCGUUGAUGCGGAAUUUGAUGGCGAAACAUUCGUUUGAUAGAAGAUAUACGGAUCAGGUAUGAAGAUUGUGGAAAAUGCGAAAAUUUUGAGGCUAAACUCAGGGUUUUUGCCAGUUUUUACCCGAAAAACUGAGAUUUUACGACCAGAAAAAUUUAUAAGACUGGGAUUUUCAUCAGUUUUACCGUACAAAACUGAAAAGUUGUCAAAAUUGGAGGUUUUAGCAGUUUUUCCCCAAAAAACUGGAAGUUUUCACCAAAUUUGAACCCAAAAGGUUUUUCCGUCAGUUUUUACCUGAAAAAAACUGAAAAUUACACCCAAAAAAUCCAGAAUUGUCAUUUCCUUUGCUGAAAAUUUGCAAAAGCUGAAAAUCCCAAAAUUCCCCCCGGAAUCUUGUGAUUUUCAGACAAUUUUUCAGUUUUGGAAAUGGCGGAGAUGCGGAAGCUAUGCCCAAAUUUUGAAUUUUCACCCAAAAACUUGAAUUUUCGAGCAAAUUUUCUAUAGAAACACCUUACCAGUUCGAAAAAAAUCUGAAAUUCCAGACAAUCCAGCGUCGAAUUUCGCUUCUCUACGCCCCUCUUCUCACAUUUGCUUUGGAUCAUUUACAAGAACUCGACAACACUGAUGAAUUUGAUGAUGUUGAUGCAACUCCAACUGGUUUCAAAAGUAUUUUGCAUAAUUCUGCAAAUCGCUCCGCUGGAGGAGGAACAUCGAGACCUUGUCAAAUGCCGCCACCUCCACCAACACUGAAGGAGAAUCAACAGAAAUUGCAGCAGAAUUUGACGCCGUUGGCUGAAAAAUUGACGGAGGUAUGGGAAUUUUGAGGAAAAUGAUGAAUUUCGAGCUGAAAAACUAGAAAAAUUCGGAAAAAUUGAAGAAAAAUGGGUAUUUUUUAACCUGAGCCUCUGAGCAAUGUUCAAAAAUAUUAUAUUUGAAAAUUUUUGUUUUUCAUAAAUUAAGAAAUCCAACUAAUUUUGGACUAAUAUGAGCAAUGAUUAAAAAUUCAGUGAUUUUUUCACCAAAAAAUGUUUGAUUUUCAAAAUACCACGAAAAAUUCUGAAAUUCAUAUCUGAUAAUUUUUGUUUAAUAUGAGCAAUCUCACAUGAAAUGAACACAUGUUUGACUAAUAUGAGCAAUGAUUUUAAAAGAAUAGAAAUAUUCAAAAUUAAAAAAAAAUUCUGAAUUUUUAGUUCAGAAGGUUUUUUGUCAGUUUUUACAUGAAAAAUUGGAAAUUCAUACAUAAUUUGACCCAAGAAGGUUUUUCUAUCAGUUUUACUUUAAAAAAACUGAGUUUUCCACCUAAAGAAACUUGAAGUUGUCAUUUCCUUAGCUGAAAAUUUGCAAAAUCUGAAAAUCCCAAAAUUCCCCCCGGAAUCUUGUGAUUUUCAGACAAUUUUUCAGUUUUAGAAAUGGCAGAGAUGCGGAAGCUAUGCCCAAAUUUUGAAUUUUCAUCUGAAAACUUGUUUUUUUUUCUGAAAAAAGCAAAGAUCAUCUCAAAUUCGAAGAAAUCUCGAAUUUUUCUAGUCAAUUCCAAUUCUUUACUUGAAAAACUGAACAAUUAAUCAAACUGAAAUUGAAAAUUGAAUUUGAAGGAAUUUUUUAUCAAAAAACUUAAAAUUACACUCAAAAAAAUCAGAAUUGUCAUUUCCUUUGCUGAAAAUUUGCAAAAGCUGAAAAUCCCAAAAUUCCCCCGGAAUCUUGUGAUUUUCAGACAAUUUUUCAGUUUUGGAAAUGGCAGAGAUGCGGAAGCUAUGCCCAAAUUUUCAAUUUCCACCCAAAACCUUAGAAUUUUUUCAGGAUGAAGUUCAAGACAUUCUCAUCUGCUGUGUUUUCAUUCUCGAACGCCUUCCAAAACGAAUUUUGGCUGCAAUUUGGACUGAAAAUGAUGGUGGAAACGCUGAAAAACUGCUGAAAUUGAUGGAUUUGAUCAUUGAGAUUUUCAAGUAUCGGGUAAAUUUUGCUGGAAUUUUAAAAAUUUCAGAAUAAUUUUAACGUAUUUUCUAUAGGGAAAAGAACAUGCUUUGCGAAGAACGGCGGCGAAUUCGAAGACUCGACAAUUUCAAUUGAAUUUGCCGAAAUCGGGCAGGAUUUUCAUGCAAACUGAGAAAACAGGUUAUUUUUUGGGAUUUUCAACCCUGAAAUCUUGAAAUUUCGCUUAAAAUCUCAAAUUUUUAUUCAGAAAUCGAUGAUGAGCCAACAAAUUCGGUGCCUUUUCGUGUACUUCAAUUGGUCAAUUUGUCGCAAGAGGUUGCGUUGAUUAUUCUGGAUGUUGCGCAAACUUUUGCCCGCCAACUUGCGGUAAGUUAGGCUCCGCCCCUUUUUCUGCAAACCUGGCAUGGUUUUUUCUUGAAAUUUUGAAUCAAAAUGUAAGAUUCUAAGCUCCGCCCCUUUUUCUGCAAGGCUGGCAUGGUUUUUUUCUUGAAAUUUUGAAUCAAAAUGUAAGAUUCUAAGCUCCUCCCCUUUUUCUGCAAACCAGGCAUGGUUUUUUCUUGAAAUUUUGAAUCGAAAUGUAGGAUUUUAAGCUCCGCCCCUUUUUCUGCAAGGCUGGCAUGGUUUUUUCUUGAAAUUUUGAAUUAAAAUGUAAGAUUUUAAGCUCCGCCCCUUUUCUGCAAACCUGGCACCUUUUUUCUCCGAAAAAAAUCGUGCCAGACUUGCAAGAAAGUGGGCGGAGCCUAAAUUUUGUGAUUUAUUUUCAAAAUCCCAAAAAACUGUGCCAAACUUGCAGAAAAAUUAGCCCCGCCCACAUUUCACCCCCAUUUUUUUUGCAGAGUCAACGAAAUCGCUGGGCUCCACAAAACGAACGAUUGUUUGUUGGAAUUCUAUCGCUACAUCUUCGUCUUAUCGAUGAUAAUUGGAGUGAAAGUGUUCGAUUACAUGUUAUAGCAGCGCUUGCGCUUUUUGUCAACUUGGUAGGCUUUUUUUUGGAUGAAAAUUGGCCAAAAAUGAUGAAUUUUGACCCAAAAAUCAUGAUUUUUCACCCAAAAAUCAUCAAUUUUUCACCCAGAAAUCAUCAAUUUUUUCGUUCCAGUUCCGAGCUCGUUUAUUCGAAGGUGGACCCCUUGAACCGCUCUAUAUGUUGAUUGAAAAAGUGCUGAUACAAAUGUCGAGUCGACUUCCAAAUGUUCAACAAGCCGCCGCUGCUCUUUUACAGCUCAUUUUGAGAAAUGGCUAUGAAGUUGCGCAGGGAUUUUUUGGUAAGACUUUGGGGUUUUUUCUAGUUUUCCCCGCUGAAAACUGGACAUUUUGAGUGUUUUUUGGUCAGUUUUUACCCAAAAAACUGCGAAUUUAUACGAAAUUUGACCCAAGAAGGUUUUUCUAUCAGUUUUCACCAGAAAAACUGAAAUUUCCUUGAAAAAUUGUGAAAAACUGAGAUUUUUAUCAGUUUUACCGUACAAAACUGAAAAGUUGUCAAAAAUGAAGCUUUUAUAAGUUUUUUCCUCAAAAAACUGGAAGUUUUCACAAAAUUUGAACCCAAAAGGUUUUUCCGUCAGUUUUUACCUGAAAAAACUGAACAAUGAAAUUAAAAAUUGGAAAAAUGAAAAUUACACCCAAAAAAUCCAGAAUUGUCAUUUCCUUGGCUGAAAAUUUGCAAAAGCUGAAAAUCCCAAAAUUCCCCCUGGAAUCUUGUGAUUUUCAGACAAUUUUUCAGUUUUGGAAAUGGCGCAGAUGCGGAAGCUAUGCCCAAAUUUUGAAUUUUAUAGAAAUUUUCGGUAUAAAAAUUUUCAAACUGAUUUUUUUGGCGCCAAACUCAAAAUUUUGAUGAAUUGAAAUUCUUUUUCAGCUAUAAAUUUUGAAGUUUAUUUGGAAAAGUUUUGAAAUUACAAUUUUAAACCUAAUUGUAAAGAAAAAAGUAAAAAGGUUCCUCAGAUUUAUCCGAAAAAAUUGAAAAGUUUAUCAAAAAUCCUGAAAUUGUCAUUUCCUUUGCUGAAAAUUUGCAAAAGCUGAAAAUCCCAAAGUUCCCCGCGGAAUCUUGUGAUUUUCAGACAAUUUUUCAGUUUUGGAUUUGGCGGAGAUGCGGAAGCUAUGCCCAAAUUUUGAAUUUUACCCCAAAAAUCUUUUAAUUUUCGCAGCCAACCAAGCAAUGGCUCAAAGUGUCUCCCCAGCCGCUUCCAAACAUCAAAACCAACGAAAAUUGGCGACGAGCGAGCGAUUGGGCCGGCCUGGAGCCCAAACUGGAGUGGCCUUGGCUAGGCUUUUGGGUUUUCAAUCAGUUUUGUCGAUGAGCACGAAUUUUGAGCGGGGAUUGAGUGCGGUGGAAGCAUUGGUGGAUCAGAGAAAAGCGACGAGUUUUGAUUUGGCUGUGCUGGUAAGGGGGGAGUUUUGGCUGCGUACUUUGUUUAGUUGACUGAGUAUCUAAUGUUGAUCAAGAGCUUCAAAAUGAGACUACACAUGAUAUAGGAACAUUUUUUCGAUCCACCAAAUUUGACUGCGUACUUUGCUUUGACUGAGUAUCUAAUGUUUUGAUCUACCAAACGUUUUUUUUUAAAUUGCCUGCGUACUUGACUGAGUAUCAAAUGUAAGUCAUAGAAAAUAAUUUGGCUGCGUACCUGAGUCUUCACUCUGAUGUUUUGAUCUACCAGGGAAUUUAAUUUGGCUGCGUACUUGACUGAGUAUCUAAUGUUCUGCAUAAUUUCUCUAACUGAGUAUCUAAUGUUAAGAAGCAAAUCCUAUGUUUCUUAGUACCAAAUUUGGCUGCGUACCUUCACUGAGUAUCUAAUGUGAAUUCAUGUAUCUCCUAAAUUGGCUGCGUACUCACACGGUUAACUGAGUAUCUAAUCUGUUCGCACAGGAUCUUCUCCGUCAACUUCGCGGCGUCAUGUCGGCUACAGUAGCCCUGAAAGAUGCGGCAAAUGAUCCGAUUCGCUUGGCUGAAUUGCACAUUCAAUUGGCUGACAGUUAUCGAGGAUCGGCCGCGUUGAGAAGUGCCUGGUUUGACACGUUGGCUGAAUUGUAUGAGCAAGGUUGGGCAUUUUUUUUGGGUGGGAAAUGACCAUUUUUGAGCCACACCUGACGAGACGUGUCCAAAAUGGACACUGUACAUUUUUUUCAAAAGUCACACUGCAUUUUUUUUCAAAAAAUAACCUUGUUUCCUUUUCACCAACAUUUAACCUGGGGAAAUAAAUGCGCAUUUAGUUCAGUGGUAGGCCAUUUUGCUAGUGUUCAGAAGGCCCAGGUUCGAAUCUUCAUUCGAACUAAACUUUUUUUUUAUUUUUGCUCAACUUCAAAAACAACUUCAGCUUGCUAAUUUUUCGAAGUUUCUCGGUGAAAAUCAACUCAGCAGACUUCGUUUUAGUGUAGUAACACAAUGUGCAGUGUGGAAUUUACGUGACUGCUUAGCAAACCAUAGUGUCACUGAAAUUUCGAAAAAAUUGACUUUCUAUGGAAAAACUUCAAAUUCCACACUGCACAUGGGUAAAUUCGAAAACUACGCUUAAAAAUACACCAACUUUCUGAAUAUACCAACCCUUGAUAUGUGCUCGGAAAAAAAUGCCGUCCGAUUCUUUGUAAUGUCCAUAUUUACCAUUGAAAUGGACACUCCAAAAUAACAGCGAAAUAGGGCAUUUCCACACUGCACUCAUGGUGUUCCACACUGUCUAUGACCAUAGCAAUCUAUCAUAAAAAAUUCAACCAUAUCCGUUAAGCCUAAGCUUAGUUAUCCUAACUUCAAAAUUUGAGCAACGUUGCAACGCAUUCGUUUAAAAACAGUUUCCUUUCCACCAACAUUUUCCCAUUGGGAGAAAAGAGAGAUGUGGCCGAGAGGUUAGCAUUUUAGACUGGCGAGCAUGAGACCAGGGUUCGAAUCCUCCUGCCGGCGGAGUUUUUUUUCGAAAAACUUAAAAAUUUCACGCUGCACGUUUUUUUUUUGAAAAAAAUUUUCACACUGCACAAAAAAUUUGGGACACUCUCUCGUCAGGUGUGUUUUGAGCCAAAAUUUGAGAAAAAAUGACCAUUUUUGAGCCAAAAUUUGAGAAAAAAUGACCAUUUUAAGCCAAAAAUUGAGAAAAAAUGACCAUUUUUGAGCCAAAAUUUGAGAAAAAAUGACCAUUUUAAGCCAAAAUUUGAGCAAAUUGUGAUUUUUUCGCAGUUUUGCGCUCAAAAUUCCGAUAAUUUUGAGGGAAAACAUGUGAUAUUUGCAAGAAACUACAAAAUUAGACAGUUACAGUAACCCAGACUGCAAAAAUAUUCCAAAUUUUUCAGAUCGCUGGUUUGCUGAAGCGUCAGUUUGUCACGCGCAUUCAGUCGCGAUUAUUGCACGAGAACUCGAGGAGAAUAGUGAGUUGUUGUCUCUAAUUCUCUCACUCUCUCAUCCGGGGACUAGAAUUUCAAUUAUGGAUUACUAGUCCCCGAUUUUGAAAAAAAAAUUUUGAAAACGGAAACAUAUGGGGUGAUUCAGGUUGAAAAAAAAAUUUAAAAAAUUUUUUUUGACAGAAAAAAAAAUCGAUUCAGCAAAUUUCAAAAAACUAUAUUUUUUUCGUAUUUUUUGACAUUUUUUUCCACACAAAAAUGAAAAAAAUGUCAAAAAAUAGGAAAAAAAUAUAGUUUUUUGACAUUUGCUGAAUCGAAAUUAAAAAAAAAAAAAUUUUUUACAUUUUCAAAAGGUGGACUAGAAUCUCCUUUUUUUUCAAAAUGAAAAACUAGUCCCCGACUCCAAAAUUCAUUUUUUUUUGCAGAAGAAAUCGAAGUGGAUUGGCGAAUUUUCGAGUGGAUCAACUCGAAAAUUAGCGAAAUCGAAAAUUCGAGCAAAGAUGCGGGAAAUGUGCAAUCCGCCGGAUUCACCGCCGAAAAUUUGAGCACAAAAAUCGAUAAAACCGCCGCGGCCUUAAUGUUGGCCGAAAGAUUCGAAGCUGUCGGACCGCUCUAUCGAUUGAUUGUGCCGGUUUUGGAGAAGAAUAUGAAUUUUACGGUGAGUUUUCUGUUUUUUGAUAAACUAGAGUCUAGUUUGAUCCCAAAUUUUUUCUAGUCACUUGUCAGCAUUUAUGCCGAAUUGCAACAAACCUAUAGUCGAGCCGCUGAAGUUCGAACAAGUGGAAAACGACAUUUGGGAACGUAUUUUAGAGUUCGAUUUUAUGGUGAAAAUCAUUUUAGGUUGGUGAACUCAAUUUCAGCCGAUUUUCAGCCAGUAUUUUUCCAGAUCCGAACACAACACUGAUUGGAUUUAUCGUGAUGUUGGCCUAACUUCUCUAGCCGCAUUCGCCCUGGAAAUGAAGGAAAAAUGUCAACGAUUAGUUGGACAUGAUCGAGUUCAAAUUGAGGCGAAUGAAUUGGAUUUGACGAGAAUUGAUCCGACUAUUGCAUAUGUUCAAGUGACGCAUGUUGAACCGAUUGAGAAUUCGAAAGAAGGUGGAUUUGGAGCACUGAAAAUGAGCGAUUUUACACAACAUACUAAUGUUUGGUAAGGGAAAAAUUGGAAAUUGAGGUUUUUUCAUCAGUUUUUACCUGAAAAACUGAAACUAAAAAAGAUUUUUGUAGCAGUUUUUACCUAAAAACUGAAACUAAAAAGAUUUUUUGUUAGUUUUUUCUCAGAAAAAUUAACUGAAAAUGGUUUUUCCAUCAGUUUUUACCUAAAAAACUGAACAAUUAAUCAACAAUGAAAUUGAAAAUUGAAAAACUGAGAAUUCCCUCAAAAAUCUCUUGAAAAUUGUCAUUUCCUUGGCUGAAAAUUUGCAAAAGCUGAAAAUCCCAAAAUUCCCACGGAAUCUUGUGAUUUUCAGACAAUUUUUCAGUUUUGGAAAUGGCGGAGAUGCGGAAGCUAUGCCCAAAUUUUCAAUUUUCGUCUGAAAACUUGGUUUUUUAAGCUUGAACUCGAAAAAAGUCAAAUUUUUUAUAGAAACAUCUGACAUUCCUUUUAGAAAAAUCUGAAUUUUCAGUUCAAAAGGUUUUGUCAGUUUUUAGCUGAAAACUGAGAAUUCUCUCAAAAAUCUCUUGAAAAGUGUCAUUUCCUUUGCUGAAAAUUUGCAAAAUCUGAAAAUCCCAAAAUUCCCCCAAGAAUCUUGUGAUUUUCAGACAAUUUUUCAGUUUUGGAAAUGGCGGAGAUGCGGAAGCUAUGCCCAAAUUUUAAGUUUUCAUCUGAAAACUUGGUUUUCUGGAAAUCAUUCCAGAAAUUUCUUAAAAUCUCGAAUUUUUCCAGUCAAUUCCAAUUCUUUACUUGAAACAUUGAGCAAUUAAUCAAACCGAAAUAAAAAAUUGGAAAACUGAAAAUUACACCCAAAAAAAUCCAGAAUUGUCAUUUCCUUGGCUGAAAAUUUGCAAAAGCUGAAAAUCCCGAAAUUCCCCACGGAAUCUUGUGAUUUUCAGACAAUUUCAGUUUUGGAAAUGGCGGAGAUGCGGAAGCUAUGCCCAAAUUUUGAAUUUUCAUCUGAAAACUUGGUUUUUUUCUGGAAAAAGCAAAGAUCAUCUCAAAUUCGAAGAAAUCUCGAAUUUUUCCAGUCAAUUCCAAUUCUUUACUUGAAAAAUUGAGAAAUUAAUCAAAUUGAUAUUGAAAAUUGGAAAACUGAAAAUUACACCCAAAAAAUCCAGAAUUGUCAUUUCCUUAGCUGAAAAUUUGCAAAAGCUGAAAAUCCCAAAAUUCCCCCCUGGAAUCUUGUGAUUUUCAGACAAUUUUUCAGUUUUGGAAAUGGCGGAGAUGCGGAAGCUAUGCCCAAAUUUUCAAUUUUCAUCUGAAAACUUGGUUUUUCAAGCUUGAACUCGAAAAAAGUCAAAUUUUUUAUAGAAUCAUCUGACAUUCCUUUUAGAAAAAUCUGAAUUUUUAGUUUAGAAGGUUUUUUGUCAGUUUUUACCUGAAAAACUGAGAAUUCCCUCAAAAAAUCCAGAAUUGUCAUUUCCUUGGCUGAAAAUUUGCAAAAAGCUGAAAAUCUCAAAAUUCCCCCUGGAAUCUUGUGAUUUUCAGACAAUUUUCAGUUUUGGAAAUGGCGGAGAUGCGGAAGCUAUGCCCAAAUUUUGAAUUUUCAUCUGAAAACUUGGUUUUUUUCUGGAAAUCAUUCAAGAAAUCUCUUAAAAUCUCAAAAUUUUCCAGUCAAUUCCAAUUUUUUACUUGAAAAACUGAACAAUUAUCAACAAUGAAAUUAAAUAUUGGAAAACUGAAAUUUUUCUUUAAAAAAACCAUCAGAUUUGUCAUUUCCUUUGCUGAAAAUUUGCAAAAGCUGAAAAUCCCGAAAUUCCCCUCGGAAUCUUGUGAUUUUCAGACAAUUUUUCAGUUUUGGAAAUGGCAGAGAUGCGGAAGCCAUGCCCAAAUUUUGAAUUUUCAUCUGAAAACUUGGUUUUUCUUGAAAAUUACUAUUUGAGCACUGAAAAACGUUUUGAAUAUUGUACCAAAGAUCAUCUAGAAAUCAUAAAAAUGCUGAAAAAUCUCAAAAUUUUCCAGUCAAUUCCAAUUCGAAUCAACAAUCGUCGAAAAUGCUCGAAAACUCUCAAAAGAGCCCUCAAUCUCCGAGCAAUUUCUCCAAAAAACCCUCCUAAAAGUGGCCGGUGUCUUCCCGGCCACUCAACGUCGUCUGCCAGUCAUCGAAAUCUCCCGCCAACAAUUUUCGCCCAUCGAAUUCGCCUGUCAAAAACUCAACACAAAAGCCGAGCAAAUUCGAAAAACUCUGAAUUGCGCUCAAAAUGGGCGGAGCCUAGAUGUGAAAGGUUUGCAAUUAUUGCUCCAAGGUGCCGUGCUACCUACUGUAAAUGCUGGACCAUUGGCCUAUGCGGAAGUAUUUACGAAAGAGGAACAGAAAAAAAAAUAUGGAGAUGGUCCGGUUGGAGAGCUCAAAAUCGCGUUUAAGUGAGUGUUUUCUGGCUCAUUUUCACCCCAAUUUUGACUGCGUACUUGACUGAGUAUCUAAUGUGUCGUUUGCAGAAAUCUCAUGUCUGCCUGCCAAUUGGCAAUCGAGGCCAACGAGUCGGCAAUCGGAGCCGAUCAACAAACCUAUCAUGAAGUUUUGGUUUCAUCGUUUGACGCGAUGCACGAGAGAUUACAAGCGUUUUUUGGACAAUCUGUGAGUUUUGGCUGCGUAUUUGAGUUGACUGAGUAUCUAAUGUUGAUUAAGAGCUUCAAAAUGAGACUAGACAUGAUAUAGGAACAUUUAUCGAUCCAUCAAAUUUGACUGCGUACUUUGUGCUUUGACUGAGUAUCUAAUGUUUUGAUCUACCAAACUUAUGUUUUUAAUUGGCUGCGUACUUGACUGAGUAUCAAAUGUAAAUCAUAGAAAAUAAUUUGGCUGCGUAUGUUUCUUAGUUCCAAUUUUGAUCUACCAAAUUUGGCUGCGUACCUUCAAGUUGGCUGAGUAUCUAAUGUCGAAAAAAUGCAGUAAAAUGAGCCAAAAAUUGAUGAAAAAAUUGGCUGCGUACCUGAUUUUUUGAUCUACCAAACGUUUUUUUCAAAAAAUUGCCUGCGUACUUGACUGAGUAUCAAAUGUAAAUCAUAGAAAAUAAUUUGGCUGCGUACCUGAGUCUUCACUGAGUAUCUGAUGUUUUGAUCUACCAGGGAAUUUAAAUUGGCUGCGUACUUGGCUGAGUAUCUAAUGUUCUGCAUAAUUUCUCUAACUGAGUAUCUAAUGUUAUGAAGCAAAUCCUAAGUUUCUUAGUACCAAAUUUGGCUGCGUACUUUCAAGUUGGCUGAGUAUCUAACGUCGAAAAAAUGCUGUAAAAUAAGCCUAAAAUUGAUGAAAAAUUGGCUGCGUACCUGAUGUUUUGAUCUACCAAACGUUUUUUUUAAAUUGGCUGCGUACUUGACUGAGUAUCAAAUGUGUAUCAUACGCUUCAGAAUCACGAAAAUAAUUUGGCUGCGUACCUGAGUCUUCACUGAGUAUCUGAUUCUACCAGGGAAUUUAAAUUGGCUGCGUACUUGACUGAGUAUCUAAUGUAAAACAAGAGAAUUUGACUGCGUUUUCCUAACUGAGUAUCUAAUGUAAUGAAGCAAAUCCUAAGUUUCUUAGUUCCAAUUUUGAUCUACCAAAUUUGGCUGCGUACCUUCAAGUUGGCUGAGUAUCUAACGUCGAAAAAAUGCUGUAAAAUAAGCCUAAAAUUGAUGAAAAAAUUGGCUGCGUACCUGAUGUUUUGAUCUACCAAACAUUUUUUUUUUAAUUUGGCUGCGUACUUGACUGAGUAUCUAAUGUUCUGAAUAAUUUCUCUAACUGAGUAUCUAAUGCUAUGAAGCAAAUCCUAAGUUUCUUGAUCUACCAAAUUUGGCUGCGUACCUUCACUGAGUAUCUAAUGUGAUUUCAGCUUCGUCCAAAUCUCGAAACUCCUCAACAACUUCCACGAAGUGCAAUGCACGUUUUGGAUUCGAUAGGAGGUGUCAAAAAUUGA